AUGUUUCACUCGCUACCGCCAGACGUCGAGCUGACACAGACGGCCGCAGUGGAAGAGCUUGAGCGGCGCCUGAUGAACGACAUUCAUGACAUAGAGCGUAAAUUGCAAGAACGGGGACAGAUCGUUAAAAGCCCGGUGGAAGAGCUUGCUGUUUCAAUGCGUCUUAGUGGAAGUCUGCACGAACAACGUCCAGCUGCAGAGCAGCUGGCCAUCCAUCGGGUGUUCACUGAAGAGUUUGCAACGGAGGCCCUAAAGCGUACACCACAGAUUGAUGUUAGCCAUCUUGAGAGUCUCCUUACGCAGGCGGAGGAGGCCUUAGUGAGCAACAGAAUUCAUACAUGUGCCGAGCAUAUCAUGGCAUUCAUUGCAGAGCAUACGCGCCAGGCCACAGAGAUUGAAGGUUUAUAUCGGAGCAUGGUUGAAGAGCUCAGCGAGCUUACUUUAACGGCAGUAGACACUCCGUGCAGCAGCUUGCAAUGUGAAAUACGUGCGAUAGAGGCAGAGAUAGAGAGGAAUACCGCCAGCUGCGAAGCUGCGGACAGAACCCGACAAGAUUUACUAGACCAAAUCAGCACCCUAACAGAUGAACUGGCAGCCAAAGAAGCGAGGUUGACAGCCAAAGAAAGCCACUGUGAGAACCUAUCUUCUGAAUUGGAGGAGUUACUAAGGCACAAUAUGCAGCUUCAGAUCAAUCUGCAAAGCUUGGAAGAAAGUGUUCGCGGGGCGUCAGCGGAGACCGAGCUAAUUCGAAAAUUGGCUCAGGGGAAGUAUGGGGACGGAGAGGCCGAGUUUCUACUUCAGCAGGUGCAGGACCUUACCGAGGCCAGAGAUAAAUUGGCAAGAGAGAUAGACCGGUGUAGAGUGUACUUGCGAAGGAUGCAGAUUUAG